CUUUACUAAACAGGCCUAAAAUAGUUCAACUAGUGACGAUGUGACGACAAAAUUGUCGAUAAUACAGUGCACAUGAAAAUGAUUUCAAUUGAACAAUAUAUUUAGUACAAAAACUGCAACAUUAAACAGCCACACAUCAGAUUCAACUGGACGGAGGACUAAUUCAGUACACGAGUAGACCUGACAAGCUUUGGAGUGAAAAGUUAUCAUUACUGUAAUUCUGUUCAGAAUGGUUUCCCAAGAAUUUUUUCGCAAGAUGGGCUACAUUUACACAGGAGUGGGCUCAAUCAGCUCUUUGCUGUUAUUGAUCAACUCUAGCCUGUUGGUGGAAGAAAAAGACAACAUUUCAAUUGCCUGCCUUUUCUUUGCCAUCUUCUCGAUGACUUUCGACAUUCUGCUCAUUGUAGGGAUAACUUGGCAGCGCAACCAGCUCGUCAUCGUACAUCUUAUUUGGGUAGCCUUUUCGUACGUGCUGCUCGUAAUUACCCUGUUCGUCUAUGGCGUCAUCCUUGGGAAACGGGCCGCCACGUAUGAGCUGGUGCAAAAGUCCGACUUUCAGGGAGAUUUAAUGAUGGCACUGACGGCGCUGCACAUCACCAGUUUCGCUUUGCUGUCAAUUUUCUAUGCCUUUAUUGCUUGGAUACUAAACGGCGUAAUUGGAGCUUACUCUGAGACAAAAAAGACCAUCGACACGAAGAACACCAAUUUAUACAUCGAAUAGAGUGAAUCAUGAUUGUAUGGGAAAUUUUAUGCUUUUUUAUCCAUUACAAACAUAUGAGUUUGACGAAUCCGGUGUAUUAAGAGUUUCAAUUUAAAUCAUUACAUUCCCAAUUUUUUA